AGCACGUGUCUAAAAAAAUAAAAAAAUAAAUAAAUAAAUAAAUCAGUGUGUGUCCGCAGCUGCGCAUCAUCCCGCCUCCAGCUUCAGUACAGCGCCUGCGCUCCGCGGCUCCGGUUCACCGUCUCCUCGCGAACAUGGCGGCGCCUGCGCUCUCCAGUCGGGCUGGUUCAGCUGGCAGCAGCCCCACCGCCACCCCGAGCAGCACCAAACUCGUCCCGCAGGCCCCCGAGCUGGACUUCAGGUCCGGAGCCAGGAUCGAGGAGCUCAACCGGCUGAUCGCCGAGUUCAGCAAGCACGAGCAGCGCGAGUAUGACGACCAGCGAGCGCUCGAGAUCCACACGGCCAAGGACUUCAUCUUCUCCAUGCUCGGCAUGGUGCAGAAGUUGGACCAGAAGCUUCCGGUUGCCAACGAGUACCUGCUGUUGUCUGGCGGGGUCCGGGAAGGUGUGGUUGACAUGGAUCUGGACGAGUUGACGGUAUAUGCGCGGGGAGCCGAUUACGACAUGGACUUCACGUUACUGGUUCCCGCGCUCAAACUCCACGACCGAAACCAGCCGGUCACGCUAGACAUGCGUCACUCGGCGCUCUGCCACUCCUGGCUCAGCCUGCGUCUGUUUGACGAGGGAACCAUCAACAAGUGGAAGGACUGUUGCACGGUUGUAGACCAUGUUAAUGGCGCCACCAAUUACUUUUUCUCGCCCACGCUGGUGGCUGACUGGUUCUACGAAUCCAUUAGUAUGGUUCUGGCGGAGAUUCAGAAGAAGCCGCAGCGCGGCGUCCCGCGGGUCGAGAAGGUCGAGCGCAACGCAACCGUCAUCUCCAUCAUUUUGGGUGUCGGAGGCAGUCGGAUGCUGUACGAUGUGGUUCCAGUAGUGUCGUUCAAAGGCUGGCCGGCGGUGGCCCAAACCUGGCUAAUGGAGAACCAUUUUUGGGACGGGAAAAUCACGGAGGAGGAAGUGAUUAGCGGGUUUUAUUUGCUGCCUGCCUGCUCUUCUACAGGCCAGAAGGAAAACGAAUGGCGCUUGUCGUUUGCGCGCAGCGAGGUGCAGCUGAAGAAGUGCAUCUCUUCCAGUCUCAUGCAGGCGUACCAGGCUUGUAAAGCUCUGAUUAUUAAGCUUCUCUCUCGACCCAAAGCCAUCAGCCCGUAUCAUCUGCGCUCGCUCAUGCUUUGGGCCUGCGACCGCCUGCCGCAUACGUACUUGGCGCAGGAAGAUUACGCCGCACACUUUUUGCUCGGGUUGAUCGACGACUUGCAGCAUUGCUUGGUGAAUAAGACCUGCCCGAAUUACUUUAUCCCUCAAUGCAACAUGCUAGAGCACCUUAGCGACGACACGGCCAUGCUGCAUGCACGCAAGCUGUCGUCCAUUCGCUCUGACCCAGCAGAACACUUGCGAAGUGCAAUAGAGCACGCAAAAGCCGCGUCGCGACUCACGUUGGAGCUCCAGUGGCGUGGAGGAAGCUCAAACCUGUCUCCCCUGUUAGAAACUGGAGCCGAUCAGCAACCAGACGACCGUCUUGCGAAGAAACUCCAGCAGCUGGUCACGGAGAAUCCUGGGAAGUCCAUCUCAGUCUUCAUCAACCCAGACGACGUCACGCGACCUCACUUUCGCAUUGAUGACAAAUUCUUUUGAAGCCACCCCAACUGAUCUGAUUAGCCACUGGCUGCAGAGGACCUCACAUUUCCAUUGAUGACAAAUAAUUCUGAAGCCACGCCCUCUGAUCUGAUUGGGCGCUGGCUGCAGAUGACCUCACAUUUCAGUUGAUGGCAAAUUAUUCUGAAGCCACGCCCUCUGAUCUGAUUAGCCACUGGCUGCAGAUGACCUCACAUUCCCAUUGAUGACAAAUAAUUCUGAAGCCACGCCCUCUGAUCUGACUGGGCGCUGACUGGGGAUGAGCUGAAUUUUACAUCCAUGAUACAUUUUUCUGAAACCACGCCCACUGAUCUGAUUGGGUGCUGCCUGCAGAUGACCUCACAUUUUUUGCAACCUCAUGCAACCUCAUUUUUGCAUUGAUUAUUUUUUCUGAAGCCAUGCCCCCUUGAUCUGAUUGGGUGCUUACUGGGGAUGAGCUCACUUUCGCAUUGAUGACAAAUUCUUCUGAAGCCACGCUCUCUGAUCUGAUUGGCACUGACUUUUUUUCUUGAUUUUUUUCUGUUUUUAAGAGUCCCAGAAGCAGGAAGCCAUGUGUUUUGCACAGCGCUGGAGAUGUUAAACGCUUCAGGCUCUGAAUAUUAUGUUAAAAAUGGACAUGAUCUUAUUUCACUGCUGCCAGUUUGAAGUUGUGUUCAUAUUUCUGUUCCUCCCCAUUACGAAUGCCCGGCUUUUAGGGGAAGGAUAGAGAGAGAGCAGGAGAUUUAUGGAAGGAUGUGGGGGGAGGACGGUUUGUGCAUGGCUCACGUGGAAAACAGGAAAUCCAUAACUCCACUCAGAAGUGCAAUUAGACAGAAUGUGUUUAUAUGCUUUACUUGUAAGUACACUGUAACAUGAUACUGUAAACAUGCUAUUUUAGACACCGUCGUUUCACAAACACACUUACAGAAGAACUUUAUUCUCACAAACUGCACAUUAGGACUCCAAAAAUACAAACACACUCCCUGUGACGAUGGAUGUUUGUUUCAUUUUAACACAGUCUCUUGAGGUGAAUCUCAUGGAAACGUUUCCGUGUAUCAUUUACCCCCCUAAAAUUCUAUGAGUAAUUAUGUUGCAUUAAAAAAUAAAGCCUAUUUUAGAACUAUUAAGAUGCUUUCAU